AGAUGGCGGUUUUCCUUUUCUCAUCAUGUGUCUCUGCGGCUCGGGGAAGCCGCGGGAGGAGGCUGGGUGUGUGAGCAGGACCGGGGCGGGCAGCUGGCAUGGCUCCCCCUGGCUGGGCAGGGCAGUCGCGUUGCCCUCAGCCGGUUGCGUUUCUCUGUCUCCUCAGCGGUCAUGUUUCCAAAGUUACAUCCUUACGGUUUUACUUAAAGUUUGUUGGAAACCAGUAUUGGCAGAAAGCACUCUUCUGGAGCAGCUGGUCAUGGUGGAACUGUCAGGAAUUAUCGAUUCAGACUUCUUAGAAAAAUGUGAAAACAAAUGCAAGAUUUUGGGAAUAGAGACAGAGAGGCCCAUUUUACAAGUGGACAGAUACGUCUUUGCAGGGGAAUACGAAGAUGCCUUGGGAACCUGCGUGGUCUUUGAAGAAAACACAGAGCAUGGUAAUUGUUACGAUUUGAUGUCCUGUUUGCUGUGGCAGCCUGUGAAAUUAAAAAAUAAUUUCAUCUUGUUUCAGCUGAUAGUGGAAUUCGCUAUAAUGAUUGGGCUUUGGGUAUUGUUUUUCUCUCCUCUUUUCAUAGUAGAUGCAGAAGGCAACCAAAAAGUACAGCUCAAGUACAAGUGCCAUACAAUGAAGAAGUUGAAUAUGACACGGACACUUCUGACAGAGAAGAAGGAAGGAGAAGAGAAUGUUGAUGGUGUGGAGUGGUUACAGAUCAAGGACAGAGACUUCUCCUACAGCAGGCCUAAUAUGAUUUGUAGCUUUCUGCACGAAAAGGAAGAUUCUGAUGAAUCAGCUCAGGCCCAAGACAAACUAGCUGAAGAGUCAGAGGGAGAGGUGAGUGACAAAGGAAAUUCUGACACGAACUGUGAUCAGGCUCAAGACAAACCAGCUGAAGAGUCAGAGGGAGAGGUGAGUGACAAAGGAAAUUCUGACACGAACUGCGAUCUGGAAAAGCAGCACGGCUUGGAAGUAGAUGCCUCUCCUCUUCCUCUGCCUCAUAGUCCAGCUCCUGAGGCAGAGGGUUCUCCUUCUGGAAGUGUUGCCUUAGAUGAUACCCCUCCGUGAUGUCAGCUCUCGUCUCUUCAGGAUUUCUUCGUGGAAUUAAACGGGCCAGCUUUUAAAGACCAAAUGUAUAGGCUAGGACAUGAUUUCCAAUUUAUCUGAGCAAUUAGCAUGGGGAAAAACUGACAUGUUCUUGUGCAUUCCUUUUGUGUUUGGAGUUGAGUGGGGAGGGGUGUAGUGCUUUGUUUUUAAAUGCCAAUUGGAAAUGUGUGCAUCUCUACCUCAAAUUGAAGAAGAGGAAACAGCUACAUAAUUAAAAAAUGCCUUUGAAAAACAUUGAUAUAUCGUAUGGUUUGGGAUGCUUUGUAAAAAGGGGAAAAAAACAUUGCUGAAAGUCCUGAAACUCAGGUAUAGCCUCACCUUGUGUGUAAUAUUCAGCUGCCUACUGUGUCUGUUCUUGUACUGCACUGACUGAAAGAAAAAUUCAAAUAAAGGUGGCUUUCGUAAGGUUUGAUACAAUCAC